GUGUUCCCACCUCUAAUAGAAGUUCGAUUUUCUGGACGUCUGAACACAUACAUAAAUCUCGCUUUUCUGAUAAAGAAAUUAUUAUUGUCGAAAUGGAAAGUGCGGCUAAACUAGAUAAUUCUAAAAACUCUUCAUCGUUGCCACAACGUCAGCAACGGGGAAAUCCACCUAAUAAAAAUAUUGGCAAGCAUAAUGCUCAAAAGCAAAAUGACGCCUCCGAUGGGAGUCCGGCCGAAAAGAAGGCUCGGUUUGGACCAAACUCCCAGAAUGGUGGUGCCACAGUUGGUGGAGGUGGCCCCAAUCAAAGUCAAAAUAAGAACUUUGGAAACAAGGGUGGUUUUGCUGGCAACCGCAAUCGUAACCGCGGAGGAAACCAAAACCGGAAUUUUCCAAGCACCACUAAUAUAAAUCAAAAGGCCAAUACCGAAACACCAAAGCCGGACGUUGUCAAUGUACCUGCAAAGAACAACGAAUCUGCAACUGCAAGCCAAAACCAACCGGGCCAGAACGCUAACAAGGGCCCAAAUCAACGACAAGUGCAAGGCCAAGAACAGGACCAAGGCUCGGGACAGGGUCAUGGAAAUCAAGGAGGUCAAGGAAAUAACCAAGGCUUCCGAGGUCGUGGCGCUGGCCACAACCAAAGUGGCGGUGUCGGCGCUAGUGCUGGAGGACCCCAGCAUCAACAGCAACAACAACAUCAGCAGCGCGACAACAGAAACCGCGGUCCCCGCUCGGGAGGUCCAGGAGGCAUGAAUAGCUCCAACAUGGGUGGCGGCGGUGGCGGUGGGCCGCGUGGCGGUGAGGACUUCUUCAUUGCCCAGCGAUUGCGCAGCAUAGCUGGACCCACUUUUGAACUGGAACCGAUUGAACUGCCGACCGAGACGAAGUUCUCCGGACGAAACCGCCUGUACGUGGGCAACCUUACCGGGGACAUCACCGACGAUGAACUGCGUGAAAUGUUUAAGCCGUACGGGGAGAUCAGCGAGAUAUUCUCAAACCUUGAAAAGAACUUCACAUUUUUGAAGGUCGACUAUCAUAUUAACGCCGAGAAGGCCAAACGCGCCCUAGACGGCUCGAUGCGAAAGGGCCGCCAGUUGCGCGUCCGUUUUGCACCCAACGCCACCAUUUUGCGCGUGAGCAAUCUUACACCGUUCGUAUCGAACGAGCUGCUAUAUAAGUCCUUCGAAAUCUUCGGCCCUAUCGAAAGGGCCAGCAUCACCGUCGACGAUCGUGGCAAGCACACUGGCGAAGGCAUAGUUGAAUUCGCCAAGAAGUCAUCCGCUAGCGCCUGCCUGCGACUGUGCAAUGAGAAAUGCUUUUUCCUGACGGCUUCUCUACGUCCGUGCCUGGUGGAUCCGAUGGAAGUGAAUGACGACAAUGACGGGCUGCCGGAAAAGGCGUUUAAUAAGAAGAUGCCGGAUUUCAACCAGGAGCGGAGCAUCGGUCCGCGUUUUGCCGAUCUCAGCUCGUUUGAACACGAGUAUGGAUCACGCUGGAAGCAACUGCAUAAUUUGUUCAAAAGCAAGCAGGACGCUCUUAAAAGAGAGCUCAAAAUGGAGGAAGACAAAUUGGAGGCUCAGAUGGAAUACGCUCGCUAUGAGCAAGAAACUGAACUUUUGCGUCAAGAAUUGAGAAAGCGCGAAGUGGACAACGAGCGAAAGAAGUUGGAAUGGGAGAUGCGCGAAAAGCAAGCCGAAGAGAUGCGCAAGCGCGAAGAGGAAACAAUGCGUCGUCAUCAGGGCGAGAUGCAGAAUGUUAUGAAUCGUCAGGAAGAGGACAUUCUCCGUCGGCAGCAGGAAAACAACCUGUUUAUGCAGGCUCAGCAGCUUAAUUCUUUGCUAGAUCAGCAGGAAGGAUUCGGUAACGGAGGAGGCGGCAAUAACUCCAGCUUUGACAACUUCGGAGGAAACAGCAAUUCACCAUUUGAAGUUUUCAGAGGCAAUACAAAAAACAACUCCACUAUGGUUGGAAACAAUCCUGGUCCUGGAGGAACCAAUACACAGGAAUCCUUCGCUUUUGAAUUUGGGGUUAACAAUAUGAACCAAGGCGGAAAUCAACGCGGAAAUAAUGGCGGAGGAAAUAAUGUCCCAUGGGGACGCCGACGUUUUUAGACACUGGAGCAUGCAUAUGCGGAUGAAAAAUAACGUAUUCUCUAACUCAUUGAUUACGUUUUGUAUUUGACUUUUUGCUCGUUCACGAGUGAUAUGUGAAAAAAACUAAUAUAAAAGGAUCGUCUAUUCGAAUGCACCCAAAUAUGAGAUGAUUAAAUAUUUUGUCAAAUAUUUUAAUCGUCAAUCGGUCCCAACAAAGAGUCAACCAUGGAUAAUGACACACAAAGGAUAAACCUUAAAAGCACAGAAUUCAAAUCCCAAAAUGCUUGCGCAUAAAAGUGCAGAAUUUCUGAAAAGAAAAACAUUAAAAAUAUUUUUAACAUUGCGUACAUCUAUUUAAUCAUAAAGAUAAUUUUAGAUAUAUGUAUAUAGGCACUACUUUCUCCAGUAAUAUGAUUCUUUAUUUUUUGUUUUUCAUUCAAAUGAAAUAUAUAGAAAAACAUUAUUAAUCGACCAAAUGAA